AUGACUAACAAUAAAGAAAGUAUUCGCUGUUAUUCACCAGACAAGUCAAUAUCUCGACAUAAUCGUAUAUCAGUGAAAACGAAACUAUUAACACCAAUCAAUUUGACAUUCAAAAACUUUCAUUCAAAUCGAAAUUCUUCAACAAUUGCAUCCUUCACUAGUUUAAAAGAUCGAGAAAAACAAAUUUAUCGGUCAAUUUCUAAUGACCCACAGCACUCGAAUAUGAUUAAUUAUGUAAUAGCAUCGAUAUCACCUCCUACUACUAAUUUACCAUUAGAAAAUAAUAAUAACACACAAACAAACACACAAUGUUUCCAAGAUUAA